AUGUCUAUCGUACUAUCAGCCACGAUUGCUAUUGCUUUCGCUGCAUUUGCCAUACUUUACGCCACCCGUUGGCAUCUGGGGAGAAAGAAUGCGAGACCUCUUCCCCCGGGCCCAAAGGGCCUCCCGAUUCUUGGAAAUGUCAACGAUAUGCCCAAAUCCGGCAUGCUUGAGUGCCACCACUGGCUACGACACAAGGAUGUCUAUGGCCCUCUUAGUUCCGUCACAGUGCUAGGGCAGACUUUCAUCAUCAUUAACGACCCUGAGAUCGCAUUCGAGCUGUUGCGCGAUCGCUCAGCGAUUCAUUCUUCGAGACCCAGCCAGACCUUUAGUGGUGACAUGUAUGUGGAGAGCUCCAUACGUAAGAAUAUCACCAAGAUAGCGAGCACGAACGUUUCCGUGUCCGUGUUUGAUAAAGCGCAAGAGACGGAGGCCGCGCACUUCCUGCUCAACCUUCUAGAGUCACCCGACAAGCUCUUUGAUCAUAUACGAAAAGAGGCUGGCAGUGUCAUUCUCAAGAUCACCUACGGCUACACUGCUGUCGCCAAUGGCAACGACCCUUUCGUUGAUAUGGCCGCCAAGACUAUGGAGCAGUUCGCCGAUGCUACAGUUCCUGGGAAGUGGUCGCUCAGCCAAUGCACGAAUCAACCGUAUGAGUUCGUGAAGAAGCAAAUGAGAGAGAAGAGGCAUUCGCCGUCUUUCUUGUCGCAAUGCAUUGAAGGUCUCGGUUCGGAUGCUGAGAUGGAGUUUGUUCAUAAGUGGACUGCAUUAGCGCUCUACCUGGGCGGUGCUGAUACGACCGUGUCCUCGAUCAUGACCUUCUUCCUUGCUAUGACUGUCUUCCCGGAAGUUCAAAAGAAGGCCCAAGAAGAGCUAGAUCGCGUUAUUGGCGGAGGCCGGCUACCCGUCAGUAAAGACCGCGAAAGUCUUCCUUACAUCGAAGCAAUCAUGAAAGAGACCCACCGCUGGCACCUCGUCGCACCAAUGUGCCUUCCACACUGCAGCACGGAAGAAGACACCUGUCGCGGGUAUCGCAUUCCGAAAGGCUCCAUCCUUCUACCCAAUAAUUGGCACUUCACGCACGACCCUGAAGUCUACCCCGACCCGAUGGUCUUCAGACCAGAGCGCUUCCUCGAAACAGCCUCGCACAAAAGUGAGCCUGAUCCCCGGAACUUCAUCUUCGGAUAUGGUCGCCGCAUCUGUCCGGGCCGAUACGUGGCGGAUAACGCGCUCUUCAUUACCAUCGCCCAGACUCUCGCGGUGUUUGACAUCACUAAAUUCGUCGAUGGAGAUGGUCGCGUUGUGGAGCCGGAGGUGAAGUUUGAGCCGGGAGCGAUCAGUCACCCUGUGCCAUACCGUUGUUCGAUCAAACCGCGAUCGGAGGAUCAUAAGCGGUUGAUCAAGGCUUCAGAGCAGUUGUUUCCUUGGGAGGAAAGCGACGCCAAAGAGCUGGAAAAUAUCAGCUGGUAA